UCAGUCACACGGAGCCACUCCGACACCGUUCAGCGGAACCCAAACUCACGGCGCGAUCGGAUUACAGAUCCCCGAUGAAUUGUCCUAAGGAAUCGCGCGAACACGACGCGAAAAGCUGCUGCAGAAUAACAUUUCCCCUUGAAGCGACCGAAGACAUGCGGCGUGCGCAAGAAGAAACAUCACCUGCAGAAACUAUCUAGGCUACCUGAAUGAUUUCACACCACUGAGGGAUGCUUUAACACAUGUGGCAUGCGCCUUUGAAGCUUUGCUUUGCAGGAGGACACAUAGAUCUCAAACCCACUGGAAUGAAUCGAUCUUAUGGCUUCUGACACCUGUUUACUGCCUUUUCAUUAUAAUUUUUUUAUCUAAUUCAGAAUGCAAUAUAGAUGUGCACUUAAAUAUUUCACAAAAGCAUCUUUGUUUCUCCGUUUAACUUGCAAUCAAUUUUAAGCAAAAUUCCAAAAAGUGCAAUGAACUUAAUGCAGGUUGCGACUUUAAUGCACCACUUAAGUUCUCAAUUGUAGCGUGUUGCAAUCGUUCCGGAUUACCAUGGCUUUCAUGCAUUCGCUUUUCACAGCCUAAACUAACAGGGAGUCUAUAACCGAGCACUAAUUGAUCCCGGACAGUCUCGAUUCUCCCCGUUCUUGGAUGCUGCGCGGUCAGGGCAUGCUGAAGAGCCGCUGUUGCGUUCUCUUCAGUGACCUCAAGGUGUUUCUGCUCGGGCCACAGGCUCCUACAAACCCCAUGAGCGGUGAAACGGCCAGAAUCAGCCCGUAUGCCUCGGAUAACAACAAUACCUUACGAGCCCACCGGCUCCGGCACUGGAGUACCCCGUCCACAGAGGACGCUGUCGGGCCGGAGGAGGCUGCGGAUGGAUCCGGGUGGACGGGUGCCGCGGCGGAGGAGUUCCCCAAGGACCGGAGGGAUGACAGAUUCUCCUUCAUCAGCUAUGCAGAAGGAACCCCGGUGUGCAGGAUAUGCUUCCAGGGGCCGGAACAGGGUGAGCUGCUGAGCCCGUGUCGCUGCAGCGGCUCCAUUCGCAGCACUCAUCAACCGUGUCUCAUCAAGUGGAUCAGUGAAAGAGGCUCGUGGACCUGUGAACUCUGUUACUACAAGUAUCAGGUGAUCGCCAUCAGCACCAAGAACCCGCUGCAGUGGCAAGCGAUUUCGCUCACCGUCAUAGAGAAGGUCCAGAUAGCGGCGGCGAUCUUGGGUUCGCUCUUCCUCAUCGCCAGUAUCUCGUGGCUGGUGUGGUCGUCUCUCAGCCCUUCGGCCAAGUGGCAACGGCAAGACCUGCUCUUCCAGAUCUGUUACGGGAUGUACGGCUUCAUGGACGUCAUCUGUAUCGCUCUAAUCGUCCACGAGGGCCCAUCCGUUUUCCGUAUAUUCCACCGCUGGCAGGCCGUCAAUCAGCAGUGGAAAGUUUUAAACUACGAUAAGAAGCGAGACAGUGAGGAGCUGAAGAAAAAUUCGCUGCUCCACCAGAGGGAGCCGGCAGGAGCGGACGUCUCUCCUUCACCGUCUUCACUCAUGGCUGCUGCUGGGACGCCGGCACUCGACGUGACCGACGGCACGACAAACACAAACAUCACAGCGGCCGCGCAGGACUCCUACCAGACUGACACUCUCGCUGACGGGCCAGCUUUACCGGACCAACACUGUCCCUAUAACCUCCUGCAUUUACUGAGUCAUCUACGGCCACACGAGCCACGCAGCCCAACCAGUAACAUCAGCACGAACACCACUAAACCUAGAGAAGUGGUUAUGAGAGUCACUACCGUCUGACUGGAGGCCUUAUGAUGGGACCCUCCAACUCUUUUCAGCACAGAGAAACAAUAAGCACAGUGUUGGAACUGUUGGAUUAUUUAUGACUUUUACAUGCUGACACUGAUAACAAACAAUGUGGGUUUUUAGUUGCAGAGGCUGAGAUCUUAAAAGCAGGUUGGACCGCUGAUUAAUUUAAAGGGACAGUUCACCCAAAAAUGGACAUUGUCAUUCUUUGAUGUUCUGAACAUGUAUCAUGUCAUUUUAUUUCCUGUGGAACACAAAAGAAGAAUUUAUGAAGAAUCUUCACACAUACAACAACAACUGAUCAAUGUCAGGCUCCAAAAAAGCACCAUAA